AAAAUCAGGAAAUAGAAUUUGAAAUUUCUUAGAGGGUCGGAGAAGUAUCUGGAUUGGUUUUACUCUUCUCUUCAAUUCCUUCAAACCCUAUAUAUUAAGAAAUCUAUACGCCGCCUCAUCUAUUCACCUUUAUAUAUUUUAUUAACCCUAAAUCUUCCUUUACCAGUUCCUCCAUUUUCUUCAAUCAAUCGGUUGUGGGCAUCUUACCUGCGUGGGUUUCAAGUUGUAGUUUCUCAAGUUGAAGCUUCUUUUAUGUCCAAACAAGCCACUCUCUAUUUGGGAUCCGUUGGAUUGCUUGGAGAAUAUUGCCCAACGUCAAGAAAAAGGUGUCAUCAUAUUUCUGAUAGGGUUGACUGUAUGCAUCUUGACUUAUUUCAGGAAGGACACUUAGAGCUUAGUGGCUGCACCCAGACACAACUUUCUCUCAACAAAUUUUGGGCCAAAGGAACAUCUGGAAAUCCCUAACACUUUAUUUAGGAAUUUUCACUGAAUCAAAAAUGGCUUUGCAGAAUAUUGGAGCCGGCAACAGUGAUGAUGCCUUCUACAGGUAUAAGAUGCCCAGGAUGAUUACCAAGAUAGAGGGGCGUGGGAAUGGCAUCAAGACAAACGUGGUCAACAUGGUUGACAUUGCCAAAGCUCUAGCAAGGCCAGCAUCUUAUACCACAAAACAUUUUGGGUGUGAGCUUGGAGCUCAGUCGAAGUUUGAUGAAAAAACUGGGACUUCCCUUGUCAAUGGAGCUCAUGAUACUGCUAAGCUUGCUGGUCUUCUUGAGAUUUUCAUCAAGAAAUAUGUUCAGUGCUAUGGGUGUGGAAACCCUGAAACUGAAAUCCUUAUCACUAAAACUCAGAUGAUCCAAUUGAAGUGUGCUGCAUGUGGUUUUAUUUCUGAUGUAGACAUGAGAGACAAGCUGACAACCUUUAUUCUUAAAAACCCACCUGAGUCUAAGAAGGGUGCCAAAGACAAGAAAGCAAUGAGAAGAGCUGAAAAGGAGCGUCUAAAGGAAGGUGAAGCUGCUGAUGAAGAGCUGAAGAAGCUGAAGACAAAGAAAAAGGUUUCUUCCAAGGAAGCCAGUGCAAAACCUACCUUGAAAAAGAAAGCCAGUGGCUCUGACGAGGAUCAUGCAUCCCCACCCAAAAGGCAUGUGAAUGUCAGGGAAGAGGAGGAAGAAGAAGAUGAUGAUGUUCAAUGGCAAACUGAUACAUCAAUGGCAGCUGCGCAACAGCGCAUACAGGAACAGUUGAGUGCUGUGACAGCUGAAAUGGUUAUGCUCUCCACAAAUGAGACAGAAAAGAAGCCCAAGGCAGCUACUACUCAAGCGCAUCAAAGUACCAAGGUCAUUUCUGCACCAUCUGACAAUGAUCCCAAAGCUGAGAAUGGAGAGAGAACAUUUGAGACGCUUGUUGAGGAGGUCAAAGUACAUCUAAAGAUGGGUGUUACGGCCAGCCAGUUUCGAUCUUUCUUGGAUUCACUUUCUGGAUCUCCUCAGGACAUGGUUACUGCUGUCUACGAGGCACUCUUGGAUGGUGUGGAGAAAGCGUUCGCCAAGGAGCUUAUUAAGAAGAAAGGUUAUCUUCUUGCUGCUGUUGGUCAAGAGGAUGGGUCACAGCUGUGUUUGCUGAGAGCACUGGAGGAAUUCUGUGGGAAAUCUAACCCGGCAGCUGUGAAAGAAGUAGCACUCGUUUUGAAAGCUUUGUAUGAUGCGGAUGUAUUGGAGGAGGAAUUUAUAGUGCAGUGGUAUCAAGAGGGUGUUGUUGGGGUUAAAAAAGACUCGAAAAUUUGGAAGAAUGUUAAACCUUUCAUUGACUGGUUGCAGAGCGCCGAGUCCGAGUCCGAGGAAGACUGAUAUCACAACUGUCCUUCCUUAUUUAAACUUUUCUAUGCAGGCUUAUGUUCUUUCAUUAUUUAGGCAUGUUCUUAUGUGAUAAAGAGUCUAUUUACUAGUUCGGUAUUUCAUGUUUUCUUCUUUAUUUGUGGUUUUACUUGGGUCUGUCUUCUUUUAGAUGGUUUAUGUUGAAUAAGAAUUCUAUGGGAAUAAAAAAUCUAAGCUAUAUAU